GUAAAAAGAAAGUUCCACACAUUUCUCCUUGAAUUUCCUCAAUAAAUAGACCAAAAUUGGCAGUUCUAUUAGUUCAUUUGGAGUAUCGUAUUGAAAAACGGACACAUUAAAAGGCACUUUCAGUUCGUAGCACAAUCAUUCUUCAAGUUGGUCUCCUCUUCACUGAUAGACCAUGUUGGAUGUUACCGUCAAGACAUUGGAUGGACAGAAUCGGAGCUUUUCUGUUCCUGAAUCUACGACUGUUAAACAAUUCAAAGAGAAAAUAGCCGGCUCAAUAAAUAUUCCAGAAGAUCGCCAGAGGCUGAUUUAUCAAGGACGGGUUCUCCAGGAUGAUAAAAAACUAAACGAUUAUGACGUUCACGGCAAAGUUAUUCAUGUUGUCCAAAGGGCGCCACCGUCUGCUAGAGGUGCAUCCACUGCCAAUGACACGCCACCUACAAUGCCAUCUGGAGGGUUCCCGCCCCGCGAUUUCGCCAUUGGAGCAUUCGCUGUACCAGACCCAAUGGAUCCAUCUCAAGUUCAGAGUAUUGUUCAGCAAGUGUUGUCAGGGAUGGGUGAUGUUGGACAGCAUGCUCGUGUGACCUCUAGAACAUCACCCGAUGGUUCUGCCGUGGAUGUCCACAUCAACUUGAAUCAGUCUGGACCAGCCAUGGUGCAGAGUGAAUCUCAGCUGAGGAUAAAUCUGGUCCAUCGCAUGAUACGUCUGAUAAGAGAGUCCCUUGAUAGACUAGAGAACAUGCAAUCUGGUGAGAGCUCUCCACAAGGCUCUGGAACGUCUACUCCCUCUGGUUCACCGCCAACCGGUAGCCGUGUCGAUUCAGAGACCAGACCUGCAACCGAAGCAACAGGAGGAGCUACGAGUAGCGGAACGCAGACUAGUUCUACCUCUACAGAAACAAAUGCCAAUGGACAGAGAAUACAAGCGCACCCCCACACUACUGUGCUCUCCUCUGCCUUGACAGAACUACUAGAAUUGCAAGAAAGAUUCCAGCCAUGGUUGGCACAGUAUAAUGAAGUCUUACAAAAUGACCCAAACUUCGAAGGAAAUGACGAUGAACUACGUAACAAUCAACGUGUGAUCAACCAGGUGUCGGUUAUCCUUCACCACAUUAGUCAUGCCUACCAUAGCAUCAGUGAUCUUAUCAUUGACCUAUCUAGUUCUCAGCCACGCCAGUUGAGGGCGGUGCCUGCACCACCGCCGCCGCCAACGGCUGUCAUUCAUCAGACGAUACCAGUCCAGGCCCAGAUCAGUGUCAACACAUCUUUAGCUGGUAGUCCACGAUUAUUACGACGACAGCCGGCUACCACAACUGCAACAAACAGUCAGACUACUACCAGUUCUACUGCAUCACAGGGAACGUCCAACGAAAAUGCACCAAAUGCAACCGCAGAUGCCAGUGCAACUACUACCACAUCUGGGGCAACCCCGACCACCCGUCCCAUGACACACCAAGGAAGCACCAAUCCCUAUGUCUUCAUGGAAGUCGGGCCGAACUCCCUGAGCGUCAACCAAAUCAGUGCUCACGUGUUCAGCUCGGACCGUAACGGGAACUCGGGGACAAAUACUGCCACUACAGCUUCUGCAUCAUCAACCUCAACCAGAAGUUCAACCACAUCGUCGGCAAGUUUUGCUGGGGGGAGUUUUUCUUUGCCUCCCGGUGCUAUUCCGAUUCGUUUAGGGUCUAUACCGAUGACAGGCACAGGUGGAAGGAUUCCGACUGGAGCUGUACCAGUGACGGUUGCUGCACCUCCUGGUGCUCCGCCAGAGCUCAUGCAAGGAUUGGUUCAGAUGGCACUGCAAGCUGCUGCACAGAGGAUGUCUGGGGGUAUAACGGGUGUGACGUCAUCACCAAAUGGGACAGUGACUGCCUCCAUGGGUACCACAACCUCAGCGACCUCUACGACUAGCACAGCUGGUACCGCUUCUAGCGCCCAGGGCACCAACACCACCACGACCUCGAGUAAUGCUCAAAGUUCAACGGCUCCAAAUGCAGGGAGUCCAACAAUGUCAGGCUUUAGACUGCCAGCACUGAUGGCGUUAGACUCACGAGCGGUUGACCCCUAUCUGCCGUGUAGUUCAAGACAUUUUGCUAUGGUCAGGAGUACUAGAAGAGCCAAUGGUAGCGAACAAUCCGUGAAUGAUGUUGUGGGCAAUCUAGUCAGUGCACUGAUUGGUCAACCGAAUCCACAUCUACAAGGACAGACGGGGAGCGGAGCAACUGCCCAGUCUGGCAAUGGUGUCGCCACUAGUAGUGCAAACUCGUCUACAGGCACGACUACUAGCACCUCUUCAUCAGUUCCGUUGAACCCGUUUGCUGCCUUGUUUACCCCUGGUAGUCAAGGACGAACCACAGGUAGCAGUGCGAGUACAGGGACUGCGAACACACCAGGCAUGAACGACUUUGCAUCAAGACUUCAUCAGAUCUUACAAGAGGGCAGAGCCACAGGGCCAGCAUCUACACCUCCGACUGGUACAAGCGUGAGUUCAGGUGCCAUGAGUGAUAACAUGUUUGCACAGCUAGUGAGCGGCAUUGGGAGUCAACUCAGUACAGUGAUGAGUGGGGGCGGGUCGGGUGCAACGAUAACAGACUUUAUACGAUCGAUGGAACAGAAUUACAAUGUGACUCAAGGACAGGGUUUAUUAAACGAUUUAUUCCAACUCAUUGGUGAGCACAUGAACUUUGCCGAUCUUCUCCAAGUGUUCUUUGGGCGCCCUGAGCCACUGCAACAACUACGGGAACCUCUCCGCACGUUUAUACAGGAACGCAUCAUGAAUGACCAAGAACCAACGGAGGAGAAUGUGGACGCCGCGGUGGAGAGAGCCAUCGGAAUCGUUCAGGAGCACAUUGACCUUCUUUGUGCCGAGCCUGGACUUAGUGUAGAAGAUGACAUUGAUUUCAAGGCAACUCUGACUGAGUUCAUUCGACAACAAAUGAAGAAGUUGAUUAAAUUGAUACUUAGGUCAACGGAUAAUGAUCCCUUGUUUGGCCAGUGUCUGUUCAACCAAUGUAGGACAUGCAUCCAUGAAGCUAUUGUACUGUGUAGACUUUGUUUGAGGAAUGGUAUUGACGGAUGUGAUCAACUUCUACGUUCAAGAAUACAAUAUAUUUCAUCAGACAUCAGCAACCCCAUGAUACAAAACUGGAUGCAGACGAUGUCAUCGCAACAGCUUCACCAGAUACUGCCCUCCGUACGCAUCAGUGACGAUGAUAUCCAGCAUUACAUCAUCAGGACAAGUCAGCGCAUGGAAUCAAGUCCGGUACUAUCAGAAACCUCAGAGGCAGCUUCCCUCAUGUCAACAGAGAGCGCCGCUGAGGAAGUACGUGCCGUGGAGUCGAUUGCAGCGGCAGCCGUCGUUGAAGCACCAUCUUGUGGUGUCGAGAUGGAGGAGGCGACUUCUGCGGCUGUCGAGCCGAUGGAGGCUGAGGCAGCUGGAGAACCUGUCACAGUGGCCUCUAGCUCAGAACAAUCAACACGACAUAUGAAUGGUGAUACAAUAACGCCCUCUGUGAUCAAUCGGGAUAAUCUACCAGAUGUUGUGAUUGGCUCUCAGCCCUGGCAUCGAGAACUACCAGAGGAUUGGAUCCCUGUCAUCUCGCGGGAUGUUCAAACUCAAAGACGCCAGGCUCCCCCUGUUCCUCUCAGUGACGCUUACAUCAGUGGGAUGCCAGCCAAGAGGAGGAAGGUUGUUCAAAAUGCGGGCGCUGUCGCCUCUAAUGAGGGAAAUGCGGCUGCUGUCAUCCCGCAGUCAGUAAAGCAGGCUGUGGCCGCCGCAGGUGUUGAACCAAUUACAAACUUUGACGAAAUUGAACAGGAUGCGGCAGCGAAUUCGACAUUGCAUUCAGUUUACGAACAACAGGUGCUGAGCGAUAUACGAGAACGGUUACAGAACGAUCCCGAUUAUUCAUCGGAAAGAUUUCCACAAACGGAGGAAUAUUUUGUGAAAGACUCUAAGAAAUGAGUUUCAAGGAUUAUUGGACAGACUUUUGUGAAAAUCUGUGAAAGUUUUGGGAUUCUGUGAAUAAACUUUGGGAUUCUGUGAAUGAACUUUGGGAUUCUGUGAAUGAACUUUGGGAUUCUGCGGAUGAAAUUUGGGACUCUGUGAAUGAACUUUGGGAUUCUGCGGAUGAACUAAGAGAGAUGGCAGACCUUCAUUGAUUGAUGCUCUUCGUUUGCCGUAACGCUUGAAUAGGGUUUGUAUUCCUUCUGUUUUCGAUGUGAGAAAUGGGUUGAAAAUGAAUUGUACAAAUUCUUUUAUUUAUGAAUUUUGAUCUUUUCAUUGAGGAAAUUUAUCUAGGAUUUUGUAAUAGUUGACUGAGGGUGGUUUCAAGAAAUGAAAGGAUCGUUGAUAGAUCUCAACAACUUGAUAUUAAUCUGUUGUACUUAUUUUGAUCAACUUACCGGUCCGUAAAAGGGCAAGGCUUUUAUUUAUGAGCCAGUUGGCUGAUUGCAUUAUUGUUGAUCUUAAAUUUUGGGUGGUGCAGAAACUUGAAGGUUACUUUAACCAGUUGAGAAUCAAAAAGGGAGGUGUCAUUGGUUGAAUGCAUAUUUGUUGAUUUUGUUGCCUCUUGUAUUGAUAUAAGUAAUCGGGUGCAUUUUAGCUAAAGCUAAAGCUAAAACUAAAGAUUAUUUGAGUGUGUACUGAAAAUGUAGGUGGAUAUUUGGGGACCUUGUGUACUAAAGGCUUGAUUCCACUCCAGUGUCUACAGCUCCAUACGUGUGGUUGUUACAGCCGACACAGACAUUUAAUUUAAAUUUCUUUGCUGUUUCUUGACGAGUUAAUUAAAAUUGGCAAAACCUUUAUAGUAAACCUAUGGAGUGAAACCAAGCCUCAAUAAUGGCCUGUACUCACCAUCUGUACUAAUUUCUCACCAGCCUAAAAUACUCUAUGAUUGUUAGUUGUGAUCCAAUAUCAAUGUGAGGCUUGAGAUACUGUCAAGAUUCCCUUGCGGUGAAAAUGACUUGUGCUUGUUGUCUGGCUUUCAUAAGGCCUAACAUCAAAAGGCUUUUUUUAUUUUGCUUUGUAUUUGAGUUGCAAUCCUCUCUUCAUACUUCGUAUGGGCCUCUAAGGAAGCAUCUCAUCAAACAGGUUCCUAGUGCAUUGUGUAUAUAAUGGGAGUCUGGUGAUUUCAGAAAUGCGGGACAUUUUAAUUAUCUCUUUUAAAUGAGUAGUGUACCUAUAUGUUUAUGAUGAAGACGGAUGUGUAAAAUGCACCUUUGUGCUUGAAGGAUAGCUACGUACUGUUUGUCUGGAGGGGUUAUGUAGACUGGUAAAAACUAAUGAAGUCAUUAAAUCAGGACUGCAUGUACAUACAAUGUACAAUGUAUAGUGUUAACCUAGAGACAUUUGGAGUCUACAGAUGCAAAAUAUACUAAAGCCAUUUCCAGUGUUUUCAAGCAAUUGCAGCUUUUGCUCUGUCUGCUUUAUUACAUGAGUUUCCGUAGAAGGAUUUUGUGGGUUUGCAUUGUAACGCUUUGAUAUUCUGCCAGAUUCAGGGAUACUGUCUAGUUUCAUUUGACAAUAGUUAUCUCAACUACUUUCAGAAUGGCUUUAAAGCAGCUUUUGCUUCUGAAGUCUUCAAGCCAGUGGUAUUGCCCGUGUGGGUACAUGUAUUACUACUGUCAGAGGGAGUAGUUUCCUAUUGUCCUGUAAAAAUCUCUUUCUCUUGAAGUUUGCAAGAAAAAGGGUGAGAGUGUGUCCCCUUGGCAGAUGGGCCUAAUAGGAACAAGGAUCUGAUCAUUUAUUUGGUAUUGUAGCCACCUUUUUCAAGACAAUUUGAUUUGCCGGAAGACUUUGCUUUGUAAUGUCUUUGCCUGUAUCCUCUGUAUUGGGUGUGAUUGUACCUCAUGGCUUGUAUUGCAUCUCACUGUCUAAACUGUAUGAGUAAAGCCACGACUGUGUUUUAUGUAAAUCAUGCUCUACUAUGCCAUAUGAUAACUCAAAAGAGAGUGAGUGAGUAAUAAACAAAAACAUUUGUAAAACAACAUCAAAGUCUUUAUUAUCUUUGUCAUAACGCUGAAGAACAAUAUACUUUUUUGGCGGCAAACUGGAAAAAGCACUAUAAUCCCAGUCAGAAGAACAGCUUAUUGGACUCAUCUGCCAAAAGGACAUGCCCUCAAAUGAUCGUUCUCGGCUUGCACCUCCUGAAAUAUGAGUUUUGGGUCACCCUUUUUGUGUCUGUGCAUGCUGACGCAGGUAGUGUGCAUACAACAGACAUAUCACUCCAUGAAGUUAUUCCAUGUGGUGUGUUGGCCACGACUUUGCUAAUCCCAAUCAGUUUGAACACUCUGUGUUGAGGACGUACACGUGUACAACAAAAGCAUCUGUGGACACUUAUUCUUUGGACGUUUGGGCCACAACAAGGCUAUUCUUGUCCAAUUUGGCCCUUCUGUAUUGAGGAUUUACAACAAAAGCAUAACUCGGGACUUGUAUUCCAUGAGGUGUUUUGGCCACAACUUGGCUACUCCUUGGAAUCAAUUUGAUCCCUCUGUGUCGAGGACAACCUCAAAAUGAAUCCAAGACGGUGCACAGUAUACACACUUGCCUGUGACCUAGACUGAAAGCACCUUAAGUGACUCAGAAGGACAUUAGAAUUUCUCUAUUAAGGACAACCUCGGGACUAACAAGUGCUGCUUGAAAUAUCGAGAGGCGGAGUAUAUUGAAAAUCACUGGUUAUGUCAGGAUGAGAUGUAGGGCAAUGUCAAAACCUCAUACUAAAUCUUUCUUAGGGAGCCUUGCUGGAGGGUGCUCAAGGUCUUGGGUGAGGCACAUUUGCAUCUAACCAGGCAAGUGCCAUGACAUAUAGGGAACUUCAUCUAAUCCCUUUCUUUAAUGACACCGUCUAGCUUUGUGCGGACUGAUCUCAAGGACUUUAACAUGGAGCCUCUUGGAACUUUCAGAUGCUGUCCUUAAUAGAGAUGUGACAUGAUAACAAAGGUAAAAUUGAAAAGAAAUCACAAAUUUCAAAACAAAAUGUUUGUCCUGAAAUCUGGAGAGUGUCCUGCUGACAGCGGUAUUAAAAGAGGUUUUACUUGUUCAGGGUCAGAAUGCAGAAAAAUGUGAAAUAAUUGUUGGCAUUUUUACCUUACACCCUGUAUAUGUUGAGUUGCUUACAAUGAGAAGUCAGAUAAUUUUUGCAAAAAGUGGGAAAAAGGCAUGAAAGAGAAGGAAUUUUCUUCUGAAAAUUAUCAUGCAGCAUCGUUGGACAUAGAAGUACAUAACUAGCAUAUUUUACUUUCAUUGUGAUUGUGAGUUGACAUUGUUAAUGAGGUCACACUUAACUUUUUGUUAGGUCUGUGGUGAUAAUUUGGAUUUAUUCAUUCCAUAUUGAAAUUCCAUGGGAUAUUUGUGUCUUUCUGGGGUAUUUUAGUGAUACUCUUUCAUAUUGUGACACAUUCUGGGCCAAAAUUGUGCAGAAAGUACUUUUUUCACUCGUGAUAUUUCAUCAUUUUGAAAAAUUUCAAAUUCUCGUUUUUGGUUGGGUAAAUGAGAUUUCACCUCCUGCUUUUGAAAUUAGAUUUAGAUUAACUAUAUCUGCCUAUAACAUCAAAAAUAUUUAUCAAAAUUUGAAUUUGCUUGAUAUUAGACCCAAUUAUCGUUUCGCGAUAUUCGUGAUAUUCUGAUAAAACUAACUGCAGUAUCAAAAUUUCCUUUUGGCACCUGUAUGUCGGUACAAUUUUCUUCAAUGUCUCAAAUUUUCAAAGCGAUAUCAUGUAUCGUUUGCGAAUGCAGACCCCCUCUGAAAAUAUCAAAAAUACCUCGUCCCAGGUCUUAAGUGAUUCUUAACUGUAUGCAUUGGUUGUACAUCUAACAAUUUGGUUUACCUGGACCCAAGAUUAUUUUCAAAGCAAAAGUGAAGAUUUUUCAAAAAAGAGGGGGGAGGGGUCGGAAUCCAUGAAGGAGAGGUCCUAGGAGGCUGAAUUUUGGUAUGCAGCCUCUUUGGACAUCACUAAACACAAUGGCGUUGGUUUCGUUCCGCUACGACGCUUCCUUACAUAAUCACCUAAUAGUGUCUUCUCGUGUUAAAAGAGGGCAGCACUGGUGGCAUGAAAUCUCUUCUGUCAAGUAAAGCUGAUGGAUUCAGGCUAAUGGGGACAUGGGCACAUGCCACGAAGGAACACCCUCGCGUCGGACAACCGCUGUAGUCCUUCAUGGAGGUAUCCUUUUGUGAAGGUUGGAUAGGAAGGAGUUGGUCCUUUCGAGCUUGGCAUCCUUCCGAUGUGUCCUUUUCAUGGGUUAAGUUAAGCAGACAACUUGAUUUUGUCCACAGGUCACAAGCUCAUGAUCAUUAAAACUGAAUAUCCACACAGUUCCAUGUACAUCUACUUGACAGAGGUAGAGGGCCACACAGAAAAAUAAACCUCUUCAGAACAACCAAGUUGUCAUGACUUGGACAGCCAAUGUCCUUGGGAGGUUUCCUUGUUCUGUUAUCAACUCCUUUCUGACAAGGAACCAACAACAUGUUGACAAAAUCCAAAAGGAGAGAGAAGUUCAUUAAGAU